UGGCAGAGUGGGUCCAUAUACACACCGUCAGUGAUUCUGAUGUUCGUCUAGUGGCGGAGUUGGUCCAUAUACACACCGUCAGUGAUUCUGAUGUUCGUCUAGUGGCAGAGUGGGUCCAUAUUCACACCGUCAGUGAUUCUGAUGUUCGUCUAGUGGCGGAGUGGGUCCAUAUACACACCGUCAGUGAUUCUGAUGUUCGUCUAGUGGCAGAAUGACGGUUCACAACUUGUACAUAUUUGACCGAAACGGGACGUGUUUGCACUACAGCGAGUGGAACAGAAAGAAGCAGGCUGGGAUCUCCAAAGAGGAGGAGUUUAAACUAAUGUAUGGCAUGUUGUUCUCCAUUCGAUCGUUCGUCAGUAAGAUGUCACCACUGGACAUGAAGGAUGGUUUCCUGUCUUUUCAGACCAGCAGGUAUAAACUUCAUUAUUAUGAAACUCCAACUGGACUGAAAUUCAUCCUAAACACAGACCUGUCUGUCCCCAAUGCACGAGACACUCUGCAUCAGAUCUACAGCACUCUGUAUGUGGAGUAUAUCGUGAAGAAUCCUCUGUGUGUUCUCGGUGAGAGUUUACAGAGUGACCUGUUUACCAGCCGCCUGGACGCCUUCAUCAGAGCCCUGCCUUUCUACAGCCCGAGAGCAGGCUGACCAACACACACACACCAACACACACACCACACACACCAACACACACACCACACACACCACACACACACCACACACACCACACACACACCACACACACCAACACACACCACACCACACACACACCACACACACCACACACACACCACACACACCAACACACACCACACACACACACCACACACACACCACACACACACACACACACCACACACACACCACACACACCACACACACCAACACACACCACACACACACACCACACCACACCACACACACCAACACACACCACACACACACCAACACACACCACACACACACCACACACACCACACACACUAACACACACACACACCACACACACACCACACACACACUAACACACACCAACACACAGCACACACCACACACACACUCCCCAGAAGAAAAUGAACAGCUUCUUUCUUUGAUGUUCAGAUUUGUGUUGUUAUUUGUGGGGCUGUUGUAGCUCCCUUGCUGUGUGUGUGGGGUGAGUGUGAUGAGCCCAGCCGGUUCGUCGGUCCCUCGGGGGGGGGGGGGGGGGGUAGCAAGGGAGAUGGAUUUUAGAUGCAUUAGAUAAAUCGUGGGUGGCGCCGUGGUUAGCGCGGUCGCCUCCCAUCUGCUGCGUCUCUGUUCCCCUCCAGUUUCAGGUGUUGUCUCCUUGUGUAGCGUCUUCGUCCUCCAAGUGUUUCCAGUAAAACUCACAUCCUCCAAAAUAAGGAUAGCUUGGUACACGCUCAUCCCAGAGAUUUUGAUCUGGCGUGAUUCUCUCAUGGCGGCACGGUGGCGCCGUGGUUAGCGCGGUCGCCUCACAGCAAGCAGGUCCUGGUUCGAGCCCCGGGGUAGUCCAACCUUAGGGGUCGUCCCGGGUCGUCCUGUGUAUGGAGUCUGCAUGUUCUCCCCGUGUCUGUGUGGGUUUCCUCCGGGGGCUCCGGUUUCCUCCCACACUCCAAAGACAAGUAGGUCAGGUGACUCGGCCGGACGAAGUUGUCCCUAGGUGUGUGUGUGUGUGUGUGUGUGUGUGGGCCCUGUGAUGGCCUGGUGGUCUGUCCAGGGUGUCUCCCCGCCUGCCACCCAGUGCCUGCGGGGAAGGGCUCCAGCAUCCCCACGUCCCUGAGAGCAGGAUGAGCGGUUUGGAUGAUGGAUGGAUGGAUGGAUGAAUAAAUCGUUCCUGAGCAAACGGUCCACCCCUGCCAACUCUGGCUGACCUCUGACCUCCUUGAUUUUAUGUGUGUGCGUGUGUGUGUGGUGGUGGUGGGGAUGGGCAGUGGUACAGAUCCCCCCCCCCCCGAGCAUCUUGUUAAUUUCACUGACUAGCUCACGUCCCACCAGGAAAAGGUGUUUGUGCUUGGCUGCCAGCUUGCAUGCUACAGGAAGAGGCUCCAGGAGGCCGAACAGGAAGUCACGAUGUGACAGGACCAGAGUUGUGUUGUUUCACACGUCUCUACACAAACUGUAAGAAAUGAUUGUUAAUAAAACAGUUAAAAUGG